AUGUACCGUAUAUUGCGGGAAGAUGUACCACUGGCGGCGCGGCUCGGCAGCGCGGCACUUGGGCGAGCGCACACAAAGCGGCUGGGCGAAGCCUUGGCGGGGCUCUGGAUCUCUCCCUCCGACCCGAAGCCAGGGCGGGGGAUUGGAGGUGUCGGAAGGAAGGAAGGGACCGACGUUGGCAGCAGCCCGGCCCCGGGGCCCAAGAUGCCUAGGAUAUUGGCCUUCCUCCUCUGGUGUUUCCUGCAAGUGGAAGGCAGGCACCCCGAGAUUGCCCCCGCCAGGACCAGCAGUUUCUUGGACAAUGACAAAUGGCUGAGCACCGUUUCCCAAUAUGACAAAGAUAAAUACUGGAACAAGUUCAGAGACGAUGAUUAUUUCAGAAACUGGAAUCCAAACAAGCCUUUUGAUCAAGCUCUUGAUCCAUCCAAAGACCCAUGUUUGAAGGUAAAGUGCAGCCCACAUAAAGUGUGUGUCACUCAUGACUACGAGACAGCCAUUUGUGUAAGCCGCAAACAGCUAGUACACAGCCUUCGGCAAAAGAAAGCCAAUCUUCCACAGAGACAUUGGACUGGACCAGCAAAUCUAAUAAAAUGCAAGCCAUGUCCAUUGAUGCAUGCCAAUUCUGUCUGUGGCUCUGAUGGACAUACUUACACAAGCAAGUGCAAAUUGGAUUUCCAUGCCUGCACAUCUGGCAAAAAUAUUGUGGCUCGAUGUGAGGGGCCCUGCCCGUGUCUUCCAGGACAUGAAAGUCCGAAACACAAGACUGAGAAAACUGCUUGUACAGACAAGGAGCUGAGGAAUCUAGCAUCCCGUCUGAAAGACUGGUUUGGCGCUCUUCACGAAGAUGCAAACCGUGUAAUCAAGCCAACAAUCUCAGAUUCGGCACAAGGAAGAUUCGACACUAGCAUAUUACCAAUCUGUAAGGACUCGUUGGGCUGGAUGUUCAACAAACUGGAUAUGAACUAUGACCUUCUUCUUGAUCACUCUGAGAUCAAUGCCAUUUAUCUUGAUAAGUAUGAGCCAUGCAUUAAACCACUCUUCAACUCCUGCGAUUCUUUCAAAGAUGGAAAGCUUUCAAACAAUGAAUGGUGUUACUGCUUUCAGAAACCUGGAGGUCUCCCUUGCCAGAAUGAGAUGAACAGAAUUCAGAAGCUGGGCAAAGGGAAAAGCCUGAUGGGUACAUUCAUUCCACGAUGCAAUGAGGAAGGCUAUUACAAAGCGACUCAGUGCCAUGGAAGUACUGGCCAGUGUUGGUGUGUUGAUAAGUACGGCAAUGAGAUAGCCGGCUCAAGGAAGCAAGGGACUGUUAGCUGUGAAGAAGAGCAAGAAACUUCAGGGGAUUUUGGCAGUGGUGGGUCAGUAAUAUUGUUGGAUGAUCUGGAAGAGGAACAUGAAACAACAAAGAAGGACAAAGAAGGGAAACAAAAGAUCCAUGUAAGAGCAACUAAUGAUGAUGAUGAAGACGAAGACGAUGAUAAGGAUGAUGAAAUUGGCUAUAUAUGGUAGUUCCGAUAGCUCUAAGGACUCAUGUUUUGCACAAUAUCACAAGUCAUUUCGUAACUCUUCAAUGGUAACUGAAGCAUCAGGCAUAACACAAGGAGCUCAGCCUAAGCCUGUAUGGGCAUUCCAAUAUGCACACAAAUCUCCCUCACAAUGGGGCUCCCCUUUCACUUUACUGCAGGGCAAAACUCCACAAGCACAAUGGAGGUUAGCAUGCAUUCAUUGAAGUGAACUGGGAAGCACUUUCCAACGCAAGAGCUCCUUGCACAUGUGAAACCUGCUUUGUACACACAUGUGUAUUGGAGCUCUUGGGCCCAACAAACUGCAGAAUGGGGAACAUUCUCUAUCUAACUUGAUUUAAUUUUGUACACUGUGUUUACCUUGCGAGACAGCCUUCCCCCUCAACUAGCUACUGUUCUGAGUAAGUGUAAGUAUUGUUCUCUCUUACUGGCAUGGUGGCGCAUUCUGUUUAGUCAAACUUCCAUAGUUUAAUCUGCUCACAUAGUGCAUCAUUUUUAAUGAAAUGCAGAACGCUGCAGGGAGUCAGCACAUCUGAGCAACAUUACUAGGCUCCUCUUCUUUUAUCAAUGUUGGAAGUUUUCAAUUAAUUGGUUUUUUUAAUUGCACCAUUCGUUGUAAGUUAUUACUGUGUUUUCUUUCUUUAAUGCCAAAAGCAGGUGAUUAUUUUGUCUCUCCAUCUGGGACUUGUUAUAAAAAAUUAAAUCCCAUAGCAUCUUCCAGUGUGGCUUCAAGUUGGAAAUAAUUCCCUCUUACUUAUUUGUCACUUCCUCUGACAGAGCUUGCCACAACAUAUCUCCAGCAGAGCCCAGUUAGGUAAAAAAAACUGUAGGACAAGAUCUCAUUUGACAUUUGCUGUCAUUGACCAGUAUCAGUUUUGCUCAAAUAUAAUCAAUAUAGUCUUAAUUUUGUAAAUUGUUUGAGAAAGCUUGAAACCUCUCAGUGCCUGUGUCUAUAUAGGCACAUGCACAGGCACACAAACUUCUAGUAAGAGUGGUUUUUCAAAACAUGUCAGGAAGAAAUGCUUUCCAAAA